ACCCUGAUUCUCUCUGGAUUGCUGAGUGCCCCAGUGUCCCUAGCAGGGCAUCGAUGCCUUCCUGACGGCCCGGCUGCCCUCACUUCCUGGACAGAAUCUGGCCAUGGCUCAGACUCUCCUUCUUUUGCUGUCGGCAGCAUGUCUGCACACUGGCAACUCAGCAGGAUACACAAGAAAAAAUGACUUUGGUUUCAACCAACCAGCUAACAUCUCUGGAGUCCAGGGCAGCUCCAUCGAGAUCCCCUUCUCCUUCUACUUCCCCUGGAAUUUGACCAAGAAUCCACAGAUGAGGAUAGCCUGGAGAUGGAAGCACUUCCAUGGGGAAUUCAUCUACAACUCCACCCGGCCUUUCAUUCAUGAGCAUUUUAAGGGCCGGCUCAUCCUAAACUGGACACAGGGUCAGACAUCUGGUGUCCUCAGAAUCCUGAACUUGAAGGAGAAUGACCAGGCCACAUACUUCGGCCGAGUUUUUCUGCAAACAACAGAAGGCAUGAAGAUGUGGCAGUCAAUCCCUGGCACCAACCUCACUGUGACCAAGAUCACCAGCACCCCCGCCGAUACUCUUCCAAGCACCACCACUGCUGCACCUUCUACACACCCCCAAACCGUCAUGACAGAAGGCAGGAAGGACAAGAAAAAGAAUGGCCUGGAUCCACAAACCAUAAUUGGGUUGGCAGUGGCUGCUGCUGUGUUCCUGGCUGGGGUUUUGGGAUUGACAGUGUUCCUCGGGUGGAGGAGAAAGCAAGGCCAGAGGACUAAAGCGGAAACCCCAGCCAGGGAACCAUUGGAAAACAGUGAGAAACGUGAGAGUAUUGGCCAUGAAGGACAAUAUAUGGAUCCCACAGAGAACCCCAAGGAUAAUAACAUCGUGUAUGCCUCCAUCUCCCUCUCAAGCCCGACCUCACCAGGAGCAGCACCUAGCCUGCCUGUCCAAAAGAACCCCCAGGAAGAGACCGUGUACUCUACCAUAAAGGCCAAAUGAGUGGGUCUAGGUGACACUCUUACAGUGACUUUUGUUUCUGGUGGGAAGACUCCCAGCUUCCACUGACAACACAGACAGAAAUAAACUCACGGGUCACUGAAACCACAGGCAAAC